AUGUACAGAAUAGAUGUUUCAGAUUUUUAUGACUUCCAAGCAUUCAGAAAUAUGUGUCCAUUUAGAGACUAUAACAAAGCAGUCGAGAAUUUGAAACGUUUAGUCAUUUAUGUCGACUCUGCCCCAGAAUGUUAUGUUAUGAAAGAAUGGGAUGUAGUCUUUAACAAACCUAAAGCAACAAUAGUUUCAGAACAAGAAUGUAGACAGAAACUUAAGAAAAUAAAAGUCGUACAAGUUGGCAUGAAGAUGUUAGAUGCUUGGGAUAUCUUAUUGUCAAAACUUGAAGAUUUUUCAGUUCGUGGUAUAAAGUUUUAUACACCUUCUCCAAACUUCUAUUCUAUCUUCACUGGAUAUAAAUAUGAACAAGUAGAAUGGAAAGAAAAUAUUAUAGAAGCUUGGUUAGACCAUGUCAAAGAAAUUAUAUGUAAUGGAAACGAAAGAGUCUAUGAGUAUAUCUUAUGUUGGUUUGCAAACAUCUUACAACAUCCAAGUGCUAAAAAUGAAACUGCUCUCAUUAUAAUUGGAAAACAAGGAACAGGUAAGAACACAUUCUUUACAGAUAUCUU